GGGCGUGGCCAGCGCGGUCGGACCCGGCACCGGUGAGCGAAGGUCCCCUCAUGCCGCGGACCGUGGCCGUCGUGGGCGGCGGCAUCAGCGGCCUGGCCGCCUGUUAUCACCUGGUGCGCGCCCCCCGCCCGCCCAAGGUGCUGCUGCUGGAGGCCAGUGGCCGGUUCGGGGGGUGGCUGCAGAGCUCCCGGACCCCCGAGGGCGCCGUGUUCGAGCACGGACCGAGAGGCGUCCGGCCGGCCGGGACCGCGGGGGCGGAGACCCUGCACAUGGUGUCCGAGCUGGGCCUGGCCGGUGAUGUCCUGGCUGUCCCCAGGGGCCACCCGGCGGCGCGGAACCGAUUCCUGUACCUGGGGGGGGCCCUGCACCCCCUGCCCUCGGGGCUGGGGGGGUUACUCAGAGCUGUCCCCCCCUUUUCCCGGGCCCUGCUCUGGAGCGGGGUUCGGGACCUGCUGACGCCGCCGGGGACGGGGCCGGACGAGAGCGCUCACAGCUUCGCCCAGCGCCGCUUCGGGCCCGAGGUGGCCGAUGUCGCCGUGGACAGCCUGUGCCGGGGGGUGUUUGCCGGGGACAGCCGCGCUCUCAGUGUCCGUUCCUGUUUCCCCGCCCUGUUCGAGGCCGAGCGGCGCCGCGGCUCCGUCCUGCUGGGGCUGGCGCUGCCACACGGUGAGCGGGUGGCGGUCCCCGAGGUGUCGCUGUCGCGGCGGGCGCGCGCGGAGCGCUGGAGCCAAUGGUCCCUGCGGGGGGGGAUGGAGACCCUGGCCCGCGCCUUGGUGACAUUCGUGUCCCCGCGCGGCGCCGAGCUGCGCUGCCACGCGCCCGUGUCACACCUGUGCCACCGCCGCGGCCGCUGGCAGCUCACUUUACCUGACCGCACCGUCACGGCCGACCACGUGAUCAGCGCCAUCCCGGCCGCAGCGCUGGCCCGGGCGCUGCCGCCCGAGGCGGAGCCGCUGUCGCGGGAGCUCGGGGCCAUCGGGGCCGCGUCCGUGGCCGUGGUCAAUCUGCAGUUCCGGGGGGUCACCCUGCCCGUCACGGGCUUUGGUCACCUGGUGCCAUCCUCGGAGGACCCCGCGCUCCUCGGUGUCGUUUAUGACUCGGUGGCGUUCCCGGAGCUCGAUGGCAGCGCCGGAGUGCGGCUCACGGUGAUGCUGGGCGGGGCCUGGUUCCAGCAGAGCCUCGGGGACCCCCGGGCCGUGCCCCCGGAGCUGCUGCUGAGCCGGGCCCGGGCGGCCGUGAGGGAACAGCUGGGGCUGGGCCGGACCCCCGACAGGGCGGCCGUCAGGGUGCAGCAGGACUGCAUCCCCCAGUACACGCUGGGACACUGGGAGCGCCUGGAGCGGAUCCAGCGCUUCCUGCAGGAGCAGCGGCUCCCCCUGAGCCUCAUCGGCGCCUCCUACCGGGGGGUCUCGGUCAACGACUGCAUCGCGGGGGCCAAGGCGGCCGUGGGGAGGGUCCUGGGGGUCCCCCCCUGACCCCGACCCCCCCCACCCCCCGAGGGACCCCCCCCGAGGGACCCCCCCUCAGGCACCAGCGUAGCACAAAGUGAUUUUUGGUUUAAUUGAAAAAAACCCUUUAGAAAGGUG